AUGGGAGUCUUUCACGUGGAACGAGGUUUCUUCGGACGACUACGUCUGUUUCUCGCAUCUGCGCUUCCUUUCAUUCUGCCAAUCAGCAGCACGUUCAUGGCGUGGAAAGGGCUUUGCAUAUCGACCAACUCUCCGGUGCCAAUAAUAUGCGUUAUUUCAGAGUCGAUGGCUCCCGCGUUCCACAGAGGCGACUUGUUGAUAACAUGGAAUUGGACUCCAUCAGCCGAAGUUGGGGAUAUCCCCGUAAUUUGGUUUGACGGUCAUCUCCUGCCCAUGGUCCACCGAGUGAUUCAAGUAUACCCUGGUGAAUCUAGUAAUGGGGCUAUCUCUCUUAGACAUACGUUUUUGACUAAAGGAGACAAUAACGAGCUCUCAGAUGUUGCACUAUAUCCUAUGCCACGAACCUCUGUAUCUCGCAAAGAGGUGGUGGGGUUCGUUAGAGGAUAUAUCCCAUUUCUUGGUUGGGUUGUUAUUUAUCUGCGGGAAAAUUAUUGGGCGAGAUGCAUUAUAGGCCUCCUCUUAAUUUCAGCUAUCUUUAGAACAUAG